GUCAUAUGAUAAAUGACAUUAAGAUUAAGGCUGAAGUAAGAUUGAUAUUCUAAAUUUCAGAUAUUCAAGUACUACCAACAGUACAAAAGCUUUGGAUGCGGUCAAACUGAUGAAGAUGACCCCCCACACAGCAUCCUUGAGGCAAGGAUCCCAACACAGUUGACAUCGAUUCAAAUGCAGGUUCUGCCUUUCUCUGUAUGCAAGUGGAGAGUUCAUGCUCUGGCAGAAUUAGUUACAAGUGAUAUGGUCUUGCAAGAUCCAAAAUAUCAGGAGUUGCAAUAUAAAAACUGCACCAAGGAAUGGGUUACCAAGGAUGCACAGCAUUACCUCUGCAUCAGGAUGUUGUCAGAUUCAGAUGAUAAAAUUACCAAAGGAACCAAGGAAGUAUUGAAAAUCACUUCAGAAGAAAGAAUUACAUCGCUGGGAUUUGUUGUGAAAACCUUGCAAAAUCCUGAUUCAAAAAAAAAACUUACGUGCAAAGAACAAGCAAAAAUGAUCAAAAAAGCAGUUUUGGAUGUGAAAGAAGACAAGAAGUACUUGCAGGAAAUUAAAAUACUUCUUACAUCAACAGAGGACUUUGGCAUAUUACUAGCACAUAAGGAAUCAAAGAAAAAAGUGCAGGGACCCAACAAAUUGACAAAAAUGUUUGACAAUAUUCGUGGUAAAAAGAUGUGCCCAUGGAAGAUAGUCAGAUACACGAGGCAGUCAGAUUUGGGGUUUAAAGUCACAGUGGUAGCACAAAAGGAAGACGUGGCAGAUGUUAUGAAAAAGAUCCUUUCAGAGAGUAAACUAACUUUGACUGGGCACAUCAGAGCACAGGGAGCGUCUGGAGGCUUCCAUGGUAACCAAUUUCUUACUGGGCCCCAUGAAGAGAAUACAAUGCAGGGUGCCACUGGAGGCCACCAUGGUAACCAAACUGAUUCUAGGCACCUUGGGGAGAGUACAACACAGGGUGCCACUGGAGGCCACCAUGGUAACCAAACUGAUUCUAGGCACCUUGGGGAGAGUACAACACAGGGUGCCACUGGAGGCCAUCAUGGUAACCAAACUGAUUCUAGGCACCUUGGGAAGAGUACAGCACAGGGUGCCACUGGAGGCCACCAUGGUAACCAAACUGAUUCUAGGCACCUUGGGAAGAGUACAACACAGGGUGCCACUGGAGGCCACCAUGGUAACCAAACUGAUUCUAGGCACCUUGGGAAGAGUACAACACAGGGUGCCACUGGAGGCCACCAUGGUAACCAAACUGAUUCUAGGCACCUUGGGAAGAGUACAACACAGGAUGCCACUGGAGGCUACCAUGGUAACCAAACUGAUUCUAGGCACCUUGGGAAGAGUACAACACAGGGUGCCACUGGAGGCUACCAUGGUAACCAAACUGAUUCUAGGCACCUUGGGAAGAGUACAACACAGGGUGCCUCUGGAGGCCACCAUGGGAACCAAACUGAUUCUAGGCACCUUGGGGAGAGUACAACACAGGGUGCCACUGGAGGCCACCAUGGGAACCAAACCAAUUCUUGGUUCUUAACCUCUGGACAAAUGAGUGUAAAUAAGAACAAAACUCUGCAUAUCCAGGACACACAAACUCCAGAUCCAUUGCAUCUCGAUCAGCAACAAAAGAGCAAAUAUUCUCAUGUUGAUGACAUGGAUAUCUUUGAAUCUGUAGAAGCAGAUUUGAAUACAGGAAUUGUGCAGACCUUACCAAGGGAUAUGCUAAGUGAAAUGAAGGAACUUUCUGUGAUCAAGGAUGGUCACAUAAUUUGCAAGGGUCUUGACAGUGUACAGAAAGUUAAUAAUGCACUUCAGGACAAAGUUUCCUCAGGAACAGUCACAGUCGAUGACAAAAAAGAACAUUUCGGACAUUCUCAGGAUGAAUUUGAACAUGUAGCAGACAUCAAUUUUGAAAUGUCAGAGGAAAUCUUUUUGGCUCUUCAGUUCUUCUGCAGAGACGAAACAUUAAUGAAUCAACAAUCUUUUGGAUACAAAAAUGGCAUGCUUCAGAUAAACUGCACUGACAAGAGAGAAAAGAAGAAUUUAGAAACUUGCAUUAAAAGUGAGUUACAGCAUAUAGAAAAACUAAACAAAGAUGACGUGUCCUUCACUCGUACUGAAGAGCCAAAGAUCAAAGGAACUAUUUCUGGGAUUAAUCAAGAUGUUGAUGGUGUCUUCUGCUAUCAGCUUAAAGAAGAUGAACACAUGACUGUCCACAUCAUGGCACAUUCCUACAGUCAGCUACAGACAGCCAAACACAAGAUCUUUCUGGGAAUCGGAAGGAUUAAACAGUCAGAAACACGGAGAAAUAGAAGGUUUGACAAUACUUCACUUCAACAAAAUAAAGAGAACUCAACUUUGUCAGAGAGAAAUAGAUUCAGUCAGUCUUAUCAUAAGAGUCCAACAUGGCAGACUCCGUCCAACCUUGAUUACGGAAGUGUUGUCUCUAAAGACUUUACUACAACUGAAGGUCUGUUGGUACGAGUUUACUCUGGAAGUAUCCUCCAUCUUGAUGUGGAUUGUAUUGUAAAUGCUGCCAAUGGUGAUUUACAACAUGGAGGGGGAGUGGCCCGGGUGAUAUCUAGUGCUGCUGGUUAUGAGUUUGAUAAGGAGAGUAGAGACUACAUAGCCCGGUAUGGACCCCUAAAGGUUGGGGAGGUGUGUACCACGACUGCAGGGGAUCUGAAGUACAAGGGAGUUAUCCAUGCUGUAGGACCAAGGUGGUAUGACUACGGUCAGGACCAGAAGUGGGAAUGUCUACAUGACCUAAAGACAGCUGUCAAGAACAGUUUAGAGGAGGCAGAUUUCCAAAGAUAUACAUCUAUAGCAAUACCAGCUAUUAGUUCAGGUAUAUUUGGAGUACCGAAGGAACAUUGUACUCAACAGUACUACCGAGCUGUAGAGGAGUACAGUAGGACUAGAGGAAGACAUUCGACCUUGACUGAGGUACACUUCAUUGACAAGGACACACAGAUGUGUCAGCUGAUUCAGACGACCUUCGCUAAAUGUUUUAGUGGAGACCCUGGAGCUGCCAGUGGAGGAAGACACAAAGUCUCAUCAUCUGUAAUGGCUCCUCGGCAGAAUGCACCAGUUUUACAACGGUCGAACAGUCUACCAUCAAACACAGAGGGUUCUUCUGUACAUCCUAGUAAUCUAUCUCCCAGGGAUCAACCAAGAAACUUGCAGCGUUCAACAUCCAGUGGCCAAUGUUUUGAGAUUGGUAGUAAUUUAACUGUACACAUCAUCACUGGAAAUAUUGUGGAUAUUAAAGCUGAUGCUAUUGUCAGUCCUGAGAACAUCCAAUGUGACAGUACAGGAAGGAUUGCCAGGGAAAUCACUCGAGUGGCCGGAGAAGGUUAUGUGGGAAAUGACCAAUCAGAGUUAAGACUUAGCCAUACAAAACCAAAGCUGACGGAGGUACUAGACACUUUAGCAGGAAAAUCACACUUUAAAUAUGUACUACAUGUAGUUGCACCUAAAUGGGAUGCUGCUGCUGUUGAUGAUCAGAGAACAUACUGGAAAUGUCUGGAACAAUCUUACAACAAUGUCUUCUCAACAGUUGAUACAAAACAUUUGGAUGUAUCAUCAAUAGCCAUACCUAUUCUUGGAAAUGGUACUGUUCCAAAACAUCCUGCUCCAAUCAUCAGUAUCUCCAAAAUGUUAGUAGAGAUUUGUAAAAGCUAUGCUGACAAGACUCCUACAAAGAAAACAUUGUAUUUCUGCAAUGAUGACACAGCAGCUGUAUAUCACUUGAAAGGUGUCUUUGAAAAGUAUUUUAACAAAAGAAAUGAAUCAAAGGAGGACAACCGAGGUCAAAGGGAAGAUCAGAAGGAACAAACUGUCCAUGAUGUAACUGGACAAGACCAAGGGUCAGAGGUCACAGAGGACUGUUGUAUCUGUAUGGACACUAUGACUAAACCUAAGAAGCUGUCUUGUGGUCAUGUAUUCUGUACAGAAUGUAUUGAUCAACAGUUUAAAUACAAGCCAGCCUGUCCCCAGUGUGGGGCUGUACAUGGGAAAAUCACGGGGGACCAGCCACCAGGGACUAUGACCCUUAACACCACCAAGUCAUGCGGGCGACAUAGCUACCUACCAGGGUACAGUGGAUAUGGUAUCAUCAACAUCACCUAUGACUUCCCCUCGGGGAAACAGGGCACUGAUCAUCCAACUCCCGGUAAUCUUUACCAGGGCAUCAUGAGGCCAGCUUAUCUCCCUGACAAUGAGAAAGGCCGCCUUGUAGCCAAACUGUUAAAAAUAGCCUUUGACAGGAAGUUAGUGUUUACCAUUGGAAGGUCAAGGACAACUGGACAUGAUGGGGUAGUGACUUGGAAUGAUAUUCACCAUAAAACCAGAAAGGAUGGUGGUUCACAGGCGUUUGGAUAUCCAGACCCUACCUAUUUGGAUAGAGUUCUGGAUGAGUUGAAGGCCAAAGGAGUCACAGAGGAGUCACUUAACGACCCAUGAGACAAUGUUCUGGAGGAAAACCUUUUAAUUUGGUGAUUCACGAAAAGUUUCCUCAUGGACUUUGACUCUGAAUUUAGAAUGGAGUUCUUUUCUUGGAGAAAGUUUGGUGGAUCACCCACUCGGUGAUUGUAACUCAUGGCAAAAAGACCACAGCAGAAUAUCAACCCCCACCCCUAUCCUCAUCCCCACCCCACCCCACCCAACACCACCAACACCACCCCGCAAAAAAAAAAAAAAAAAAAGUCAGAAAAAAAAAAUAGCACAAAAAAAGAGAAAUCCAUAAAAAAUUUAAAUGUACAGUAAUUGAAUGGAUUUCCUGAAAAUGACUAUUGAUUUAGUAAAUAUCUAUCUGUUAUAUAUACAUGUAUAGUAGUAUGAAUCAAGCUUAUUACAUAAGCUUUAUCCUGAUGGCUACAAUAAUCAGAUUCAAAAUUUACUUGGUAAACCUGUCAAAUUGUUAAACCUGUCAAAUCGUUAUUUACAUUGGUGUGAAAUGAGGUUGUCAUGACAACUGAGCUAGCAGGAUAUAUCAUAUUACUGUACACAAUUUUAUAAUCAGAAUUUGUUUUGAUUUGAUAAUUUUUGUCAUUAAUACUUGCCAAUCUAUACAAUUUUGGUUUUUCAAUUUUUACUAAAAACAUAUACAGUCGAACCAUCUUAUCUUGUAGUCAGUGGAGUUAUGAAAGAACUUAGAAAUAUCCAGAGUAUUCAAGGUGGUAUAAUAUUCUAUGUAGAAAUUUUAGUUUCAGUUAAGCACUGUCUAAAGUUUGAAUGUAUAAUUGAUUGAUAAUAUAGAUAUCCAAUUCUUUUCAGAUUGAUGUUUCAGUAUGUUCUUUAAGUUUCAAAAAGCAAAACCGAUAUAUUGUACUGCAUAAAACCUAUAUAAGUAAGUUAAUGACUAAAUACUAGUACAAAUAUUUAAGCAUUGCGUGUUAUGUACAGGGUUAUGCUACUUUGUACAGUGGUAAUUCUGAGUGGAUUUGUUCGUUAUAUACAGGUAUAUAUUGGUGUAUAACCUACUAAAUGUUGGUACAUUUAUAGGUAUACAUGUAUACAGGUAUAUACUGGAGCGGUAUAUGUACAAAAAUAUCAUUAUUUUAUUCAUCUGAAUACUUAAAAUUUUAUCUUUCUUGUAUAAAUCAUUUGCAUUUUAAACAUAUUCCCUAAAGAGCCUUAGAGGAAUUAAAAUUUCCGAAAGUGUUUUCUAUAGAAUUUCUGGCUUUGGAACUUACUUAACUAAAAUACGACAAUUAAAUGCUUUGAUUUUAGAUUUUUUAUAUGUAUAACGUUUUCCGAUGUACAUGUAUUUGUUAUAAGAUGUCUGAUGUACAGUACUAUGGUUCAGACAGCUUUGUUACCUACUGUUGUCUAAAAUAUCAUCAUAUCACAAUAUCAGCCUCAUGUCUGUUUCCAAGGGAUCUCAUAAUUCCUACAAACAAAAAAGUUUAUGGAUGCCUUAGUUACUUAAGAGUCAUUCAAAUAAACAAUGUUUUUCGAGGGAUAAUAGUUGGUCUUGAGAUACAGUACUGCAUUUAUAAAGAAAUGAGGAUAAUGUUAAUAUUUUAUUAUUUGAGUCUUUGAGAACCUUGUUACAGUUGUGUGAUCGAACAACGUUCCAAAAACAUUGUGCCCACACCGUGCAGACAUCGUGCACACAAAUGUGUGAUGUGCGAUACAAACCGCACAACUGUGCGAUGUAAACUGCACAGCUAACAGUAGGGUUAUAAAUAUUACGGUAUAACUAGUUAUACGAAAAGAUAUACGAAAAAGUUAAAAUUAUGAUAUAAGAUGGUCGCUUUUAUAUAUACGUGCUGCAUAACAAUUGUUUUCAUUCACGGAACAUGUAUGACCUGUUAAUUUUU